AUGGCCAGAAUUCUAGCAAUUGAACAUCUUACUGGAGCUCCUAACAAUCAAAAAGUCAACUCAACAAAAAGAGAUCCUUUUAGCUUCAAAUUAGUAAAUCCCAAAGCAAGGCAUUGUACUAUUUGCCAACAACCUGGAUAUAAUGCUCAUACUU